AUGAAUGUCACUCGUCGUAAAAAUGACAAUACACCAGUGCGCAAUCAAUUUGAAUCUUUGCUCGAGGAUGCGAACAUGUCCUGCGAAGACCUAUUACCCAACUCAGACGCUUGCGUAUCGGGAGAAGGUACUGUUAUGCGUGUAAAUGAAGAAUCUGUAUUUGACAACAACUCAUUUCCGACGACUUCAACUAACGCAAUUCCGUAUGAACAAUUUGGUAUGUUACUUGACUCUAAAAUUGAACAAAUCAGAAACACUUUACUAUCGGAUUUUAAAAAAGAAUUUUCUCUUGCUGUUGAAAGACUAAAAUCGGAAUUCACUCAAUCACUGGAAUUUAUUGCUGCAGAACAAAAUUCUUUAAAAGACGACGUGAAAACUUUAAGAAAAACCGUCCACACACUUCAAGAAGAAAAUACAAAAUUAAAGUCUGAUGUCAAUGAUGCAAGUCGGAGACUGGCCAUUUUAGAGAAAUCGUCAAGAAGCCGUAACAUCGAAAUUCACCUCAUCCCUGAGAAAAGAAACGAAAAUAUACUGGGCAUAAUCAAAAAAAUCUGCGAAGUGGUCAAGGCACCAAUUACAGAGAGUGACAUAUGUGCCUUUCGUCGGGUCUCCAAGUUGAAUGCGUCCUCAGACCGUCCCCGUAACAUACUUGUUACGCUGCCCUCUGAGCGGCAUCGUGACGUACUCAUAUCAGCGUUUAGAAGAUACAAUAAAACGAACAAAUCGAGUUCACUCAAUACAUCAGACUUGCAAAUUCCUGGUGAUAAGAAAAAUAUAUUUUUGGCUGAACACUUAUCCCCGGAAUGCAAAAUUGUUCAUGCUGCUACUAGGAAAAUGGCUAAAGAACGUUCUUAUACGUUUGUAUGGGUGAGAAACGAUCGCGUUUAUACAAGAAAAAAUGAGCAAUCCCCAGCAUUAUUGAUAAAGAACAUCGAGGACUUAAAAAAACUAACAUAG